CCUCGUUGCCGGUUGCCGCCACCGAGCCCCGCGCGCGCCUUCGGGACGCUUCCGCUUCCGACGGAGAACCGGAGCCCAGCGCUGCGCUCCGAGCCGGGCGGCUCUUCGGGACAGCGCCGGUUCCAGCGCCGGUUCCAGCGCCGGUUCCAGCGCCCCCUCCGCCGGCCCCGGGGACUCCUCCGCUGCCGAUGCGGAGCCCAUGAGGAUGGAGGGUCGGGAGGCGGCGCGGGGCGGCCACAGCUCCGCGUUCAAAGCCUUUCCGCUGCCCCCCCCGGCCGGGCUGCAGCAGGACCCCCCCCGCUGCCCGCCGGGCACCAAGUUCCUACCCAAACCCAGCAGCUUUGCCUGCCCAGCUGGAAAUGCUUCCUCUGCCCUCAGCUCCAGCCCAGAUCUCUCCUGCCCUGAGGCCUUCCCAGCAGCCGUGGAGCAGCCUCGGGGCUUUGGCACCAGUGCCAAUGGGCAGUGGAGGGGGUUGGGCCCUCCCUGCCUGGGCAGCCUCCCGCAGAAGCCGAGGCUGAGCCGAGGAGGUUCCUACCUGGAAGCUCGAAAGACCUCCAGUGGCAGCUCCAACAGCUUCGUGGGCAGGUCCAGCCCCCACGGCCACUCCUCAGCAUUCCCACUCAAGCCUGCAGCCAGCCCCUCCCGGGGGGGGCUCUGCCGACGAGGCCUGCUCAGCCCCAAGAAGACCCCCAGGAGGUUCAUCAGCACUGCAGAGGAGACCGUCCGGGAGGAGGAGAGGGAGAUCUACAGGCAGCUGCUGCAGAUGGUCACAGGCAAACAGUUCUGCACCUCCAAGCCCUCUGCCCUCUUCCCCUUCCACCUCUCCAGGUGUUCCAAUUCCACCAAACCCAUCCUGAAGGAGCCUCCUCCUCCUCCUCCUCCUCCUCCUCCUCCCAGCACCAGCUCCAAGCUGUUUGAAACUGCCAACCUGGCCCCAGCAGCUACCCCAGUGCCCAGGAGCUGCCAACCUAGCACCAGCAGCCACCCCAGUGCCCAGGAGGGGCACAAACCACCUCUCUACUCCACCCCCACCUACUCUUCCAGCAUCUUCCAGUCCAGGAACUCCACUGCCCAGCACCAGCAGGACAAGCAACCAGCACCCAGCAGCCAGUCUGAAGGUUCAGACUCUGUCAUUCUACUCAAGGUCAAGGACCCCAGAACCCCAACACCGAGCCUCCCAUUCUUCCAGGCAGAGCUGUGGAUCAAGGAACUGACCAGCGUCUACGACUCGCGAGCGCGGGAGAGGUGGCGACAGAUCGAGGAGCAGAAGGCUUUGGCCUUGCAGCUGCAGAGCCAGAGGCUGCAGGAGCAGGAGCACUCUGUGCAGGACCUGGUGGACCUCAACCUUCGUGUGCCCCUGGAGAAGGAGAUCCCUGUGACAGUGGUGCCCGAGGAGAAGGAGGAUGCCAGGGCAGGGGAUGGGGAGGAGGAGUUCCCAGAGAUCACUGAGGAGAUGGAGAAGGAGAUCAAGAAUGUGUUCAGAGGAGGGAACCAGGACGAGGUCCUGAGUGAGGCUUUCCGCUUGACCAUCACCAGGAAGGACCUCCAGACCCUCAGCAACCUCAACUGGCUCAACGAUGAGAUCAUCAAUUUCUACAUGAACCUGCUGAUGGAAAGGAGCAAAGAGAAAGGGCUGCCAGCAGUCCAUGCCUUCAACACCUUCUUCUUCACCAAGCUGAAGACAGCAGGGUACCAGGCUGUCAAAAGGUGGACCAAGAAAGUGGACAUCUUCUCUGUGGACCUCCUCCUGGUGCCAAUCCAUCUGGGAGUCCAUUGGUGCUUGGCA